AUGAUAAACGACACUCCAAAAUCGCAAACUAAGUUGCGAAGUGAUAAUGGCAGUACACUCUCAUCAUUGAUAACUACCCAGCUGAAGAACAAUGACCAGCUCACUGGCAGAGUAGAAGCUGUCCGAUCUCCACCACAGAAGAAGGUAAAAGGAUUCGACAUAGAAAAAACUACUGCAUGGACGGAAACCUCAGAGGAAAUCGCGGAGAAUAUGACAAGGCAUGAUAUUAAUCCGCCGCAGAAGAGCAGAAAGCAGACGCUCACUGCCCCCCGCAAUGUGACCGAGGAGAACCAAAGAAUUAAUAAUAAGACUCAGACCGUUCACAUGCAACUGAGGUCACAUCAAAAGAAGCAGUUAAAUCAAAGGGGACUGAUGACUGAAAAGAGAGAGACGGAAAUCGGACGAAUUCGGAGUACCCCAAGGAAGGAACUUCCUGGGGUGGAAAAGCAGAGCUCGUCUGAGCAAUCGACAGAAACCUCCAGCGCCAGCGUAGACACAGACGCGGCAAAUGCGAAUAUCCUCUGUAUUGACAUAAAAGACAGGAGCAGUAUUGCCCCAAACACGAAACCAUUAGCUGCAGAAAAGAUCCCUGGAGUGGAUGGCAACCAGAAUGUCAUCAUGAAUGGUUCGCCAGGAACUCCCAAGUCACCAACAUCGCGCAACCAAGACCGGCCGCUCCGAGAACAGUGCCUAGUAAUACAGGGACUUCAGGAGCCUCAAGCCGAUACACCUAAAGAACGUGUAUUAGCUGAUCUCGGCUUGUUCCAAGGUCUUCUAAACACACUGCUUCAACCCGACGAAGAAAUUUCCGUGUUGAAAGCCUUCAGACUCGGAAAGUGCUCCACUGAACCCGCUAUUCCACCGCAUCCUAGGCCCCUUAAAAUUGUUCUGAGUUGCAAAGAGCAUGUUGAUCUCAUCCUCUCAAGACGUUUUAGGUUAAAAUAUUCCCACCAAGGAGUUUUUUUUCAGCCGGAUUACACACCACCGGAGCGGAUAAAACGCCGACAGUUAGUUCAGGAGCUAAGGCUGUGACAAACGAAUGGCGAACAAGGCCUGGUUAUCUACAACAACUGCAUAAUCGAGCGACCGUCCCGCUUCAUAUGGACACGGCCCGUGCGUAUGUCGCCACAGCCGGGACAAUUGGCGGCGUCAUAGCCGGCUUACCAAAGGAAAAAAAGCUAAAAUGCUUGUAUUCCAAUGCGCAAAGUCUGCUAUCUAAAUUAGAUGAGCUUAAAAUCUACGUUGCCCAAACCUUACCCGAUGUUAUAUCCAUAACUGAAACGUGGCUGUCCACGAGCGUAGACGAUCGCGAAGUCGCUUUAUCUGGUUAUCACUUGUUCAGAAAGGACAGGUUGGGACGUCAAGGUGGAGGUGUGCUCGUGUAUGUCAAAUAUGGCCUUUUUGCGUCAGAAAAAGAGGGACAGCUCGCGCGCACAACUGAAACGAUUUGGCUCACCGUCAAAGCGCCGGGGUCACAACCUUUCGAGAUCCUGACGGUCUACCGCCCACUGAGGAGCGACCCGCAAUCAGACAGUAGUCUACUAGAGGAAUUAGAAGCGAUUUCCCUCCGACCCAAUGUCAUGAUUAUGGGCGACUUUAACGCUCCGAAUAUCGACUGGAAUCUGACUUCUGCCCUGGGCUCAGAGUUUAACUUUGAUCGCCGCCUCCUAAAUUCUGUGCAAUGA